AUCGCACAACAACAGCUGAUUUAAGAACAUUUUUAAACACUUUUUCGCGUCAGCUGUUUUGCCGGCAACUUUCAAUAUUAACGAAAACACAGAAAAACAAUGUGGAUCAUUUACGCCCUGCUGGUGCAUAUUUUGCUCCUGGGAUCCAUUUUCGUUAUCUACUUUCGAUCACCCGUCAUCAAGGGACUGGAACCGCAGCAGCCCCUGUCCUCGUUUGGCUUGGAACCACCUGCAGAUCGUUUGGUCUUGAUUGUAACGGACGGAUUGCGUGCCGACUCCUUUUUCGAUGGAAACUGCCGGCAUGUGCCUCAUCUCCGUGAAAUAUUUUUACACGAAGGCUUGGUGGGCAUUUCUCGCACCCGUGUGCCCACUGAAUCUCGGCCAGGUCAUAUAGCCUUGAUAGCCGGGCUCUAUGAAGACCCCUCUGCAGUCACCCGUGGUUGGAAAGAGAAUCCCAUUGAGUUCGAUACGGUGUUUAAUCGUAGCGGGCACACAUAUGCUUGGGGAGCCCACGAUGUGCUUCACAUAUUCGAAAAACUGUCUUCUGGUGGUCGUCCCAUGCACUUCGAUAGCUACAAUCAUGAUUUGGAUUUUUCCGGCCAGCACAAGACCUACAAGCUGGAUGAAUGGGUGUUUGACAAGGUUCGAUUCUUGCUGAAUCGCAAGCGAGAGGAAUUACAAAAGGCCAAGCCAGUGGUAUUCUUCUUGCAUUUGCUAGGAAUGGAUACAGCCGGGCAUGUCCACAAACCGGGAACUCCUCUGUUUCUAGAGAAUCUGAACUACUCAGAGCAUGGUAUUUGGCAAAUCUAUCAGAAAUUUGAAGAAAUCUUUCCCGACAAGAGAACCGUUUAUCUGAUGACCUCGGAUCACGGCAUGACGGACUCGGGCUCACAUGGUGCUGGUGCACCACAUGAAACGGAUACGCCCUUCAUUCUGUGGGGUUCGGGUGUUGUGCAGACGGCGAACACUCCUUCAAAGCAAACAUUCGUAGCCAACGAUGAAGGAAAACGACUACCACUGCAUGAACUGGAACAAGCGCAGCUAACACCAUUGAUGUCUGCCCUAAUUGGCUUGCCACCGCCAAUGAAUAAUUUUGGAAUGCUUCCCAUGGGUUAUAUUAAUGCCAGUGCCGAAUACGAAGCAAUGGCUGCCUAUAGUAAUGCUCAGCAGUUGCUCGGCCAAUAUCAGAUGCUCUUCGAGGAACACAAACGUGGCGUUUUGUCCAACUAUCUAAACUCUUUCGGUAAACUAACCACAAAGAAAAUUCAAGAUUAUAAAUUGUUAACAGCCAAUCUGCGCGCUAACAAGUCCUACGCCGAAUCUAUAGUUAGAAGCAGACUGAUCAUGGAACAGACGCUCGAGGGUAUUGAUUAUUAUCAUGGCUACUAUGGCAACGUGCUCCUCUUGUCAACUACGGCCACAUUUCUGGGAUGGAUCUACUACCUAUAUCAACUGCUAACCGCACAUAGAACAAAAGCAAAGAGGACAGGCCACAAUAUUUGGCUAGAAGCAGCAGUUAUUAUCGGCUUAAUUAUCUUUCUGGUGGCGCAACGUGUACCCCUUGUGAUUACAUUUUAUUUACUUCUUCCGCUUUUUAUCUGGCGUCUGGCAUUGAAGCCCAACUUGGGUUACUCCGCUGCCUUUGCAUAUAGUCAACCUUCGACUCACUUGGCUUCUAAAAAGCAAUUGCUUCUACUUAUAGGCUGCGCAGAGCUUUUGGUUUUCACAUUUUUCGAACGCCGACUCAUCUCACUGUGCUUCUUGGUCAUUAGUGGAUACAGCUGGUUGGAGAAUUUUAAAUCCGAUUCCCGGCUGGUUUACGGCAGGCUCAUACUUAUAGCCGUACUCACCCUCUUUCCUCUUUUGCCACCUUCGGUGGGCUAUCAGAAUUCUCAUCUUGUGUUUAUCGGCAUUCUUGUCAUCUUCUUAAAUGCUUUGUGGUCAAAGAAGCAACGUCUUGGCCUUAGCUUACAUACCAAAAUCUGCAAUGCCUUCAUUUUGCUCAAUGCUGCUGUGUGUGUGCAUCUUAAUAGCAAUCAUCAGGGGAUUCCCCUGCCUUUAUACAUAGCCAGUUGGUUAUUUUUAAUUUAUGCAUUCGGCUCAAUAUUAAUUAACAAAGAAACAGAUUUAGAGUUGCGUUUAGCUCAGAUAUGUUAUAAUUUAAAUGCACUUUAUGCCAUGCUCUGCACUUCCUACGAAGCUCUCUUCAUUCAAUUGCUGAUUAUGGAGCUAAGCAUGUCGUUGGACACCUCGAACCGCAAUUCGACUAUGGCUAUGCAACAAUCCCCACUGCGUUUGGCAUUUACCAUUGUUCUCUAUACUUUCUUCUCGAUGUUUGGCAGUGGCAAUAUUGCCUCGAUAAGCUCCUUUGAUCCAAAUAUCACACGUUGUUUCAUUGGACAUUUCGCACCAUUCAUUAUGAUGGCUUUGGUCUUGCUGAAACUUCUAGUACCCUUGAUUCUCAACAUGUCCGUUGUGUAUACGCACUGUGGUUAUGCCCGACAACAGGAGACGCGCAUUUUCAUCUGCCUGCUGCUUAUCUGUGAUAUUAUGGGCUUGAAUUUUCUGUAUUUGGUGCGCAAUCAAGGCUCAUGGUUGGAAAUUGGUUCAUCCAUAUCGCAUUUUGUUAUCAUGGAGAUGACGACAUUGAUUCUUCUACUGGUGGCUUAUGGAGCGAAGCUAUUGUUGGGACUUACUGCCUUUAAUAAUGUAACUCACAAGCAACAUUAAACAAGUCCUUUAUGAAUUGUAACAAUUUACAAAAAACAAGCCCUUUAUAACAUUAAAAAGUAUUAUUAAUAAUGUCUAUUAUAUGUAUAGCAA